AUGAGUUAUAUUGAUGAUUUUUAUUUAAACGAAAUACGAAGUUUGAGUGAAUUGCCGUUGGAAAAGCUGGUUCAAUUGAAAUCUUCUUUUGCUAAGAAAAAUAUAGAUCAGGAUGAAUAUGCACCACAAAGUAGAAGUACUUCGACUCUUACUUUACCAGUGAUGCCUUUGAAAAGAAACGGUAAUAAAUAUCCAAUUAGUAGAUAUGAUGAAUGGGAAGAAAAAGGUGGAAAGGAUUCAAAAAUAUCAAAAAUAUUCCAAUUGACUAUUUGUACUCUUUCAUUUCUUGCAUUUGGCGGUUAUCUCUUGGCGCUUAUCAUUUCAGCCAUCAGAAGAAAUCAAAUGCAAGCUAAUCCAGGACAAAGUAACGUCAUAGUGCUUUCGGGACUACAGUCUUUAACGAAAGUUAAGAGACCUAAACGUGAAUUUCAAAUGUAUAAUCCUAUGGAAAAUGAUUACGAUCCUGAAUGUUUUUACAGAGGAAUGAUAAUGUUAUCAGACAAAUACAGUUAUCUACAAUAUCAUUAACUUACCAUUUCAUUAAAAUGC